AGAUCCACGUCUGACAUCGGGAGAUGGAGGCGUUGGGUCACAUCUUCGCUGUUGCUGCGACCAUCUAUGACCUGUGUGACAAGGCCAGCUCCAACAAGAAGCAAUGCCACCGGCUAAAGAAGAGGAUCCAAAUGUUGGUGCUGACUGCCGAGUCUCUGAAUAAGCAGCAGGAUAAGUCUGCGAGUCUGAAGACAGUGGUGAAGGAAAUGGCCACCACACUGGAGAACGCCGCGUGUUGGGUCAAUAAAUAUUCAGAUCAUGCGUGGUGGAAACGGCUACUCCAGGCCAACGGCAUCAAGGAAGAGUUUGACCUGAUCAACGAUCGCCUGGGGGAUGCUGCCACCCAGCUUUCCCUCCUGAUGGCUGCCGAGCACAGGGGGAAGUUCUCUCGCUUCUUCACGGAGAACACCAGGAAGAAGCAAAACGAGAAGGAUAUAAAGGAAGACCUGGAAGAGCUCCGCACUUAUCUCCACAGUCAUGUGACCCGCUUGGAGACCGAGAUACCCAACAUAACGAAUGCGAUAAGCGACCUGAGAAGUAAAAUGGAUGAAAUUAGUGUUUCAUGUUCCAGGCCGAACUGGAACAUCACGGAGAUCCGAGCAACAGAUCUGAAGCGAGGAGACCUAAUGCUGGAGAGAGUGACCCACUCCCUGUACCGGGGAGAGCUCCACCACAGCCCUGUGGCCAUCAAAGUGUUCAAGUAUCAGAACAUGCAGAGUGAAGAGUUCAUCCGGAAGACGUUUGAGUCCGAGAGCAAAACGAUGAAGAAAUUUGAGUGUAUGAAUAUCUUGCGGCUCUAUGGUAUUUUUAUUGAUAAUUCAGGCCCAGAAACUUGCUACUCUCUGGUGAUGGAGUUAUGUGAGAAAGGAACACUACGAGAGCUGCUACAGGCUGAACCAGACUUGCCGUGGGAUCGGAGAGUUGUUAUGGCUCUAGACGUGACCAGAGCCCUGUACAGGUUACAUCAGACUGAAGUCAAAGCCAUCCUCCAUGGGAGUCUGAGCAGCAUCAAGUUUCUGGUGGACGAGAAAUACUGUGUAAAGCUGUCAGGAUUUGAGCUCUCUAAGACGGAAUCGUCUAUCCGAAGACCCCCCAAUUUGGAGACGAGAAAGAAGGACAGAGAGCUGGAGUACAUAGCCCCUGAGACGUGGCAAGAUAUCAACGAGUACAACAAACACAGCGAGAUUUACAGCCUCGGGGUGGUGAUAUAUGAAAUCGCUACAGGAAAACAGCCCUUUCAGGACCUGGAGGUGACGGGGGACAAUCUGCAGGAGAUGCAGGAGACGUGGUGGGCCUCGGUAGACCAUGAACUUCCCUCUUCAUGUCCUCGUAUCUUCCGUGAUCUCAUCAAGCGCCUUAUUCAUAAGAACCCCAGGGAUCGCCCGUCUGCUGGAGCAUCUUUCUUUAUACUGGUCCUUUGGUUUUGUGUUAUCGAGGUCGGAGUGGGAUUAGAUCCUUUGCCUGGUUUUUAUCACUGUGUUCCCGAUUCCGGGAUUUACCCAGAAUUCCGUUUCCUGGCAGUUGUAUCGCCAGGACAGGAAGUGAGGCAAAAUCUUCCCCACAGCAAUAAGAACCUAACAGGGGCUCCUAGCCCUUCCCCCGCUCUCUGUCCAAAGCUAAAAGGAUUUGAUGGAUUCCUAUGUGGAACUCCGGAAUUUUAG